AUGAAGAAAUGGUCUGUUGAAGUCCUAGUUCCUCCACCAAAUGUAUUUGAUAAGCCAGUUAUAUCUAAAAGGAAUAAACGUCUUAGAGAAGGUGCUUUCAAAGGUGUUGUUGGUGCAUUGGAUGGCACUCUAAUUAGUGCCAGCAUUCCAGUCGAGAAGCAAACACCGUAUAGAGGAAGGGGAAUAGGAGAAUGUAGCCAAAACGUGCUUGCGAUAUGUGAUUGGGAUAUGUACUUUUUGUAUGUAGUGGUUGGAUGGGAAGGCACUGCUCAUGACUCGAGAGUGUUGACCGAGGCAGUGCGUGAUCCAUCUUUCAAGUUUCCUCUACCUCCACCAGAAAAAUACUAUCUAUGUGAUGCUGCGUACUCUCAUACACAGGGGUUUAUGUGUCCGUAUCGCAACAUAAGGUAUUGGAUAGGUGAUUAUCGAAGAGUACCUCCAACAGCAAAAGAGGAGAAGUUUAAUCAAGCCCAUGCUCGAUUGAGGAAUGUGAUUGAGAGAGCAUUCGGGGUAUUGAAAGUAAGAUUUCCCGUCUUAUGUAAAAUGCCUUCUUACUCAUUUGAGACUCAAAGAGAUAUCGUCAUUGCUUGCAUGUCAAUACAUAACUUUCUACGUCGUAAUGCAUUGGAUGAUUGGCUAUUUAAAGAAUAUGAGAAUGAGACAUUUGAUAUGAAUGAGACACAGGUGGAAGUCGAAGUGGAAGCGGAAACGGAAGAAAAUGCACCUCGUCUAGAAGUUGUUUUAUGGAAUUAA